CUAAGCUGAGACAUGUAGAAAAAGAUGUUUUGAUUCCACAAAUAAUGAGGGAUCGAGCCAAGGAGCUGUGUUCAGAUAAGGUGCAAGCUUGAGGAAGUUUUGAGUCCUUUGUGGGGCAUGAAAAUGGUGUGGAAAAGAUUCUUUUGCUUCAGCAAGACUGUUGUUCUUUCAAAGCUCAAGAAGGAUAGAAGCUACUCCAUCCUGUUCUGCAGUGUUCAGAGAGGAGACUCUUCAUUUACUAAAUGCUGUCAAGAAAGUGGUGUUCUGAUGGUGGUCAAGUGUCGGCAGGAGAACACAGCACUGAAGGACUGUCUGGUUGGCUACUAUUCUGAUCCAUCAUUCUAUGAAGAAUGCAAAGCAGAAUAUUUGAAGCAAAGAGAAGAAUACAGAGCAACUGGAAUUAAGAAAAAAAGACAGAAGUUUACUCCAAAUGUGUGAUUAAAACUUAAAAUGAACUUUUUUUUUAUAUGCAAUUUGGAUUUCACUUGAUUUAAACAGACUUAAAUUGUCUGUACCACUCUGUGUGGAGUUUAACCGAAAUAUGCAAAAUGAGAUGAAUGGAGAAUAAAAUAAUGUCUGAAAUUAAGAGUCAAUUUAAAACCUUUUUGUAAUUAAAGAUCUAGAGCAUGCUACCACAGUUUGCAAGAGAGAUUACAAAGCUGUGUUCCUUUAUCUGGACUUGAGAUUUUGUUACCAGUGUACAAUUUGGAGUUUACAAUUCCAGAAUGUCCAUUUGGAAUUUAAAGCCUGUAUCUAGCUACAUGAGCCAGGCUACAUAAAAACUCAAGGGUGAGUAAGUUGUAUCAACUGAUCACAGAUGGGGUGUACACUGAAGUUUGUCUGUUAGUCACCACCUGAAGCUGAUUGUGUAUGGAGAUGCACUUACUAGAAGAGAAGGGUGGCAAAUGCAGAAGAACUACUCAAACCAAUGUGAAUUACCCUUUUCAUUAAAAUGUUGUCAGAUGAGA